UCCAACAAUAUAUAUAGAGCUAAAGCUAGCAUAUAUUAUAAUAUGAUAUCAGGCAGGUGGUGGUGUCUGUGCUUGCCGACAACAUCCCGGAUGGCAAUUGUCCAAGAGGAUGAUCUGGUGGUGGUGCAUGCCGGCGACAUCCCUCCCAUCGUCAGCUUCCGCGGCUUCUCCCACCAGUUCUACAAAGAAACCAAAAAGCUAUGGUACCUCGCUGGCCCAGCCAUCUUCACUUCCCUUAGCCAAUAUUCCAUCGGCGCCAUCACACAGAUCUUUGCCGGCCAUGUGGGCACCUUAGAGCUUGCCACCGUAUCUGUCGAAAACUCUGUCAUAGCCGGUUUCUCUUUCGGUUUUAUGUAUGGCAUGGGGAGUGCGCUUGAGACGUUGUGCGGGCAAGCGUUCGGAGCAGGGCAGCUGGACAUGUUAGGAAUCUACAUGCAGAGGUCGUGGGUGAUCCUCAACGCCACCGCCGUACUGCUCUCCUUUCUUUACUUUUUUGCAGAGCAACUACUCAAAAUGAUAGGGCAGACCGACGACAUAUCGAAGGCGGCGGGACAGUUCGCGAUAUGGAUGAUACCACAACUGUUCGCCUACGCCAUGAACUUCCCGCUAGCCAAGUUCUUGCAGUCGCAGAGCAAGAUCAUGGUCAUGGCAGCGAUAUCCGCAGGGGCUUUGGUCUUGCACACGUUGUUCAGCUGGCUUUUGAUGUUCAAACUCGGGUGGGGACUGGUGGGCGCCGCCGUCGUGCUCAACGCGUCCUGGUGGUUCAUAGUUUUGGCUCAGUUGAUUUAUAUAUUUUCUGGGACAUGUGGUCGAGCUUGGGUUGGGUUCUCGUUGAAGGCCUUUCACAAUCUUUGGGAUUUUGUUAAGUUGUCUAUGGCUUCUGGAAUCAUGCUCUGUUUGGAAUGUUGGUACUUUAUGGCACUGGUUCUUUUUGCUGGGUAUCUGAAGAAUGCAAGGGUUUCUGUGGAUGGCAUGUCCAUAUGUUUGAACAUAUUCGGAUGGACGCUCAUGGCAGCUCUUGGCAUGACCACAGCUAUAAGUGUGAGAGUGUCUAAUGAACUAGGCGCAGCUCACCCAAGAACGGCAAAGUUAUCGUUAGUAGUGGCCGUGGUGACUUCGUUUUUGAUCGGCGUUGCUCUCUCACUAGCACUCAUCAUCACCCGGGACAUAUAUCCGUCUUUGUUUUCAAGCGAUCCGGAGGUGAAAGCUCUCGUGAAGCAUCUCACCCCAUUGCUGGCGACGUGCAUUGUUAUAAACAGCAUUCAACCAGUUCUCUCCGGGGUCGCCAUUGGAGCAGGAUGGCAAGCUGUAGUGGGUUAUGUGAACAUAGUAUGCUACUAUGCAUUUGGGGUUCCCUUGGGCCUAAUCAUGGGUUACAAGCUUCACGGGGGUUCUAAGGGUAUUUGGACCGGAAUGCUGUUGGGGACAGUCCUUCAAACUGGUAUCCUUUUUUCGAUGAUUUGUAAAACCAGCUGGAACAAAGAGGCAUCCAUAGCUGAAGACAGGAUAAGGAAAUGGGGAGGGCAAAUAGAAUCGAAAGAGAACAGAGGAGGCUAUACAGAUUCACAAAACAACAACGGUGGUCAUAAAGAUUUGGAAAAGAACGGAGACCAUACAGAUUUGAAAGAAAACGGCAUAGAAAAUUGAAGUUAAGAGAUCAAACAACAUUCAGAAAUUGAUAAAGAUCACUCGCUCAAUCAUGUGGAAAGACGAGAGUCCUUCCCAGAGACUGAGUUAUAAAUAAAAUCGAGUUACGUAUAUGCCAGCAUCAUGCAGUAUAAAGAAAGAUUGAACUCAAAGAGUGUUAGAGUAAAGGUUGAUUUAGGUCUUAUCAAGAAGGAGGGCUACAAAUGGGGAAAGGUUGUGAUUCUGUGAAUCCUAUAUGGCAAUGGAAGUCGACAAUGAAAACAGCUGAUAAAUGAAAUCUUAUUUAAUAUUCCCUA